AUGGGAACAUAUAAGCAAUCCUCCUUUGCUGCGAUCCCUGCAUCGAUUCUGGUCGCCACGCCGGACGAGCGCAACGAGUACUGGGGAUGGUCGCUCAUCCUGCUGUAUGUCCUCCAGGGGAUGGCGCGAGCCGUCUACGAGAGCACCAACAAGGCGGUCUUCGCAGACUUCUUCCCGGAGGACCAGAGCUCGCCGGCGUUUGCGAACUGCAUGAUGCAGAGCAGCACCGCGUUUUUUGUUUCCUUCAUGCUGCAGAACACGCUGACCACGGAGCAGAAAGGCACGUUGGCCUGGACAGUUCUGGCUCUCGCUGCUCUCAUUUUUCCCGGCUACCUCGCAGCCUCGAGGCUGCGCGGGCGCGCCUCUACAGGCCUGUCGCAGAGCCUGCUCUCGUGA